ACAAGCAGCGCUGGCAGUAAAGGUUGCACACACAUGAAUUUUAAGCAUCCGACAACAUGGGGAUCAGAAUGAAACGAAAUGAUUUUGAAUGGGUCUAUUCCGAUCAGCCUCACACGCAAAGAAGAAAAGAAAUGUUGGCUAAGUAUCCCGAGAUCAAGUCACUAAUGGGGCCAGACCCUAAUCUAAAAUGGAUUGUGUUUGGAAUGGUUCUUACACAGACCAUUGCAUGUUUCUUUGUGAAAGAUUUGUCUUGGAAAUGGAUUAUCUUCUGGGCUUAUGCUUUUGGAGGCGCUGUCAACCAUUCAUUGACUCUAGCCAUUCACGAUAUCUCCCAUAAUGUUGCAUUUGGCAAUAAGCUGGCAAAAUGGAAUCGAUUGUUUGCAAUGUUUGCUAAUCUACCAAUUGGGAUGCCUUAUUCUGCAUCAUUCAAGAAAUACCACAUAGAUCACCAUCGAUACCUGGGAGGCAAUGGCUUAGAUGUAGAUAUCCCAACAGAUAUCGAAGGAUGGUUCUUCUGCACUCCAUUUCGCAAAGUGAUUUGGCUUAUUCUCCAACCACUUUUUUAUGCUCUUAGGCCUCUUUAUGUUAACCCUAAACCUAUUACAAGAUUGGAGGUAUUGAAUGCGGUGGUGCAGUUUGCAUAUGAUUUUCUAAUCUACUAUCUGUGGGGCUUGAAACCAAUAGUAUACUUCAUAGCAGGCUCACUCCUAUGUAUGGGUAUACAUCCAAUCUCUGGACACUUCAUUGCUGAGCAUUACAUGUUUCUGAAGGGUCAUGAAACCUACUCGUAUUAUGGUCCUCUCAACUGGAUAACCUUCAAUGUUGGAUACCAUGUCGAACACCAUGACUUUCCCAGUAUUCCUGGCAGCAAGCUACCAUUGGUGAAGCAGAUCGCUCCUGAGUACUAUGACAACCUGCCCCAGCACUCUUCCUGGGUGCGGGUACUCUGGGACUUUGUUUUUGAUGACAGCAUUGGUCCUUACUCCAGGAUUAAGAGGGAGUGCAAGCUGGUGAAAGAUGACUGAGAGAAAGAGAAAUCCUGUGGUUCCUAGAAAUCAGAAAUAAAACUGAAAAUUCUGGAAAAAACACACAAGGUUCAUCAAUAUCUGUAAAGAGAAAAGGAAAAUCAACAAUGUGAUUCAAAACAAAAACAAAAAUACCUGGAAAAACUCAGCAGGUCUGGCAGCAUCUGCAGAGAGGAGCACAGUUAACGUUUUGAGUUUUUCCCGGUAUUUUUGUUUUUGUUUUGGAUUUCCAGCAUCCGCAGUUUUUUGCUUUUAUCAAUAUGAUUCAAAAUGUUUAUCAGAACUGACAGACCUUCUGCAUUCCCUGCACUUUCUGUUUAUAUAUGCAAGACAACUAAUCUGUACCCUCAAUGCUGAGAAAAAUGAGUCCACAUUAAAUAAGAUCAAUAGAAUUAAUUGCAUCAUUUUUUAAACAUUGUUCUAAAUUAAUUCUGAUUCUAUCGUUGAUGUUUUAGUUAACUAGGAACAUAUUUAGAUUUUUAACAGAAUAGUCCAUUUUUAUAUUGGGCUGAAUUUACGACUUCACACUGAUGCUCAUGUAUAAAUUGAGAAUCAAGAGGAACGGACUCUGAAAUGAAUAAGAGUGAGACUCCCUCCUCUUGGGGGUCUCACUAUGGUGAAAGUCAGGCCCCAGCUUCAGUGAGGCAGCAUUUACACUGUAGCAUUCGUUUGAAGCAAAACUAUUCAGUAACAACAAUGCAGCUAUCAUACGAACACACCAUUAGAUUGUGCGCAGGUCCAGGAAAAUGGCAAGUGUUUUUGGUAAACCAGUUUCUUAAGUUUUCAGUUCAUGCAAAGCCAUAAACAUAUGCUAACGUUGUUGAAAUAAAACUGACCAAUUGUCAAGAGAUAUUUUAUUGCUGUGACAUUUAAAGGCUUUUUUUAUCCCCUCACUUGAAAACUCUAAGUCUGAACAAACAUAUAAUAUGCUCAGAUCAAUUUAUCAUUUAACAAAAUGCAUACAAUCCAGUGGGAGGAACCCAGCGACAUCCAGAACAGUAAAACCCUACACAGUGCUGUAAGAGUUAACUGCUAGGGUUUGCAGUCAGAAUUCAGCAAUUUCCCAUAUCUACGGCUCUGUGCAUCCUGCUGGAAAAUCAUCUGACUGUAGUCAAAAUGGCUUGCAUGUGUAUUGUAUUGGAAAAAUAUGGCUAUAACAUAAUGGUUACUGACCCUGUUAGGCACAGUGUACUUAUAGUGACUAUCUCUGCCAAAGAUGGUCUGAUUAAUUUGCCAUGCUCCUCCUGCCAUAUGUUGUUUUUGUAUUAAAUAAAAUCUGCCCCAUUAAUGAGGAUCCCAAUGUUACAACUGCUCUGUGUGCUGUGACUAGGUCAUUAGCUUUCAAUUGUUACACACAUCAGUACCUACUAACUGAAUCUCAUUUAUCCCGUGUCCACUCCCAUACAAAACAGAUGCUUUUGUCACUGCUCCAACCCAGAUUUUCUGUUCAGCUUGUGUGAAGGUUGUGAUGCAGCUGUUCUUCACAGGCCCCAUAUAACCAAACAGAAAAGAGAAACCCGAUAGAUAACUGAAACAUCAAUGCAUAAAGACUUAUCACAAAGUACACAAUCAGAAUCAGCUAAAGCCUCAUGCCUUUUUGCCCUCAUAACCAAUAAGAACUACCCUGAUAACUCUGUCAGUGUACCAUCCUGUAUUUGUACAAACUGGUUUGAUCAAAUCAAUUUUCAAUGAAGCAACUGGUUUAUUUCACCAACUAAUAAAGUAUGGGUGCAGAUUAUAUAAUGACAUUUGCUUAGUAUAAGCAUUUGAAUAUACCUGCAUACACAUAAAUAUGAAGUUAGCAGAUCAAAAUAAUUAAACCGACUCAUUUGUGUAUUUAGUAUUAAGUUACAUUUCAUUCACUGUUGAGACAAUUCAAUUAGCAGCUGAAGCAUUGACAGAUGUAAUCUAAUUGACAGUGCUUCAAACACCAACUUGUUUUGGGUACACUUUGCUUCUUUCCAUUACUGAAUGCAUUACAACAGUGAUUGCACUUCAGAAGUACUUCAUUGGCUUUAAAGCACUUUGGAAUGUCCUGAGGUUGUGAAAAGCACUAUAUUAAUGUAAAUAUUUAUUUUCUUUAACUACCUUACUUUCAUGUCUAAUUCAUAGACUCUGUGAAUAAUGCCUAUUGCCUUAAAUAAUGUGCAAAAAAUAUAAUUCAUGAGUAUGGUGUCCCUUAUGCUCCAACUAUGUCAAAUCUAAGGUCUAAAUUACAUGUGAUUUAUAAUUUUAUUUCAUACAUAAUCUUUUAGUUGUUACUGCACUGAGGAGGGUGAAGGAAAACUGGAAAAAUCUGUUUCAUAAGUAAUGAGAUUGAUUGCAAGGCAUCAACGCUAGAAGGAUUAUUCGCAAAUUACUGCUCCAGGGCCAAGCAAAAGGAAUCAGCUAGGAUUUUUCAAGUUGUCUUGUUAAUAUUUUAUUUUACUAUUAGGCCUGCCUGCAGCCUGUCAGAAGACUGUUGAGGUUGUAUAGCCAUACCAGGUUGGUCUUGGGUUUAAAUCCCAGGCUUGACUGAUGCCUUAAUUAGGUUCUUGCCAGUAUUCAGGUAAACAGCUGUGCAGACAUAUAAUAUGCAGCACUUCUCUCAAAAGAAGAAAACAUGUCCUGUUGGGAAUGCCUCCUGUCAGGUGAUAUGGGAGACAUCAAUGGCAGCCAUGAAAUCUGUGACCUAAACUAUCCUGAACACAUGGGGAUGAGGAAGCACCAAGGUUAGAACAUAAAGACCCUCUCCUACUGCAAUUUAGUAAUAAUUAGUUGCAUUAAUUCUUUCUCAAUUAUAUUUUAAUGCAAUCAUUAAAUCAGUUAAAUCUAACACGUUAACUAGUUCUAAAAUAGCAAGGAGAAGGGAUUAAUAAAAUGUACUAAUUAGUCCACCAAUAAACAUGCACUGAGGAAAUUAAUUCCCUAGGUGUGAAUUCUGUAAUCAUGUAAUAGAAAAUAAUGCCCCUCAGAUAUAAAGUCAUUUGAAUAUUGUUUGUUGAAGUUCCUAUGAGAUAUUCAUUUAUUACAAUAUUAUGUUUGACAAAUCUAUUAGGGGUUUUUGCAAUUGUAAGUAGCCAAGUAGAUAAAGGGGUGUAGUGCAUUGGAUUUUCAAAAACUAUUUGAUAUGAUUACACAAAAUUAGGACUCAUGAAAUUGGCAUGGAUUGAGGAUUGGUUAAUGGACAAAAAGGGUGUUGGAAUAAAUGUGAAUUUUGGGUUGGCAAGUUGUAAAUAAUGGAGUACCAUAAGGAUCAAUGCUUGGAUCUCAACUAUUUACAAUCUAUAUCAUUGACAUUGAUGAGGGAACCAAAUGUAAUAUGUCCAUGUUUGCUGACGAUACAAAGUUAAGUGGGAAGUAUAGUGUGAGGAGAAAGCAAAGGGGCUGUAAAAGGAUUUAAGCAGGUUAAUUGAUUGAGCAAGAAUGUGGUAGAUAGAAUAUAAUGUGGAGAAAUGUGAAGAUAUCUACUUUGGUAGGAAAAGUAGUAGAGUAUUUUUUAUAUGGUGAGAGACUUGGGUGUCAUUGUAUAUGAAUUAUAGUAGGCUGACAUGCAGGUACAACAAGCAAUUAGGAAAACAAAUGCAUGUUAGCCUUUAUUUCAAAGGGGUUAGAGCAGAUGAGUAAAGGAGUUUUGCUGCAAUUAUAUAGGCUCCUCAACUGGAAGACUGUGUACAGUUCUGGUCUCCUUAAAAAAGGAAGGAUAUACUUGCUUUAGAGGGGGUGGAACAAAUUUAUGGGGUGAGAGGAUUGUCCACUGAGGAGAGAUUGAGUAGAAUGAGCCCAUAUUCUCUGAAAUUUAGGAGAAUGAGAAGUGAUCUCAUUGAAGCAUAUAAAACUUUUAAGAGGCUCGACAGGGUAGAUGUUGGGAGAGGUUUACUCUGGCUGGGGUGUCCAGAAAAUGGGACCACCAGCCUCAGAAUAAGAGGUCAGCCAUUUAGAACUAAGAGGA